AAGAACGAAAGUAAGCUGAAACAAAAAGGUAACGGUGCUAAAGUGACGAAAUCAACAAAAUCGAAACAAAAGCGUUCACCCAAGAAGAAUAUCAUGCAAUGUCCUAUUUGCGAGUUCACAACGUACGACAGAGCACAGUUCUCGAUUCAUUUAACGGCACAUUCUACGUUAAGAAAAGACACUUCAGAAGCGUUAAGAUCCAUGGUUAACCAGUUGACAGAAGAAUCAGCAUCUAAUGCAGUUGAAAACAAAUCGGAGUUAACUCAAGGCGAAUGUUCCAAAGAGCAAGCAGACGAGGAGCCGGGACUCCGAGUUCCACGAUUAAAUUCGCAAGGCAAAGUGAAAACUUUUAAGUGUAAACAGUGUACUUUUAUAGCCAUAACCAAACUCGAAUUCUGGGAGCAUAGUCGGUGUCAUAUUAAGGCUGAAAAGCUCUUAUCCUGCCCUAAGUGUCCUUUCGUCACCGAGUAUAAACAUCAUUUGGAAUAUCACCUGCGGAAUCAUCUUGGCUCAAAGCCGUUCAAAUGCAGCAAGUGUCCAUAUUCAUGUGUGAACAAAUCGAUGCUUAAUAGCCAUCUUAAAUCUCACUCGAAUGUCUACCAAUAUAGAUGCGCCAACUGUUCAUAUGCCACCAAGUACUGUCACUCGUUGAAACUUCAUUUGAGAAAGUAUGACCACGAUCCGGCGAUGGUGUUGAAUGCGGAUGGUUCGCCGAAUCCACUUCCUAUUAUAGAUGUAUAUGGAACACGUCGUGGUCCGAAACCAAAGGCGACCAAGUCUCCUGAUGAUGAUCCAGACCCGAGCACCGGUGUUGACAGUAACGCUCAAGUUCCAGCUUCUUCACCUCAAUUAGAGUUUCCACAGGAAGUGUCUCCGAUUAACCAUCAGUUAUCGAUAUAUGCAAUAAAUGACUUGAACAUUAUAAAUGCAGCGAACGCUGCAAAUACUUUGAACGGUACAAACAACUUAAACAUCGCAAAUAACUUGAAUGCAGCGAAUAUUAUUAACGUUGCAAAUACUUCAAGCAGCGCAAGCCCUUUGAACAUCGCAAAUAACUUGAAUGCAGCGAAUAUUAUUAACGCUGUAAGUAUUUCGAACAGCGUAAGCCCCUUGAACAUCGCAAAUAAUUUCAAUGGACCGGAUAAUUUUAACGUUGCAAAUAAUUCAAACAAUGUAAGUCCCUUGAAUAUCGCAAAUAACUUCAAUGGAGGUAAUGCUUUUAACAUCGCAAGCACUAUGAACAACGCAGGACCCUUGGACGCCGCAAAUAUCUUCAAUGGAGCAAAUGCUUUCACUGGCGGAAACCCAUUGAACAUCGCGAACAAUAUCAGUGCAGCAGCGACUGCUUUCAACAUUGCAAAUUCUUUGAACAACGGAAACCCUUUGAACACUGCAAAUAAUUUCAAUGCAGCGAAUAUUUUAAAUCUUGUAAAUACUUUGAAUGGCGGAAACACCUUGGCCAUUGCAAAUAAUUUCAAUGCAGCGAAUAUUUUGAAUGUCGUAAACACUUCGAUUGGAGGAAUCACUUCGAAUGGCGCAAGCACUUCGCAUGCCGCAAGCACUUCGCAUGCCGCAAGCACUUCACAUGGCGCAAGUACUUCACAUGGCGCAAGCACUUCGCAUGACGCAAGCACUUCGCAUGGCGCAAGCACUUCGCAUGGCGCAAGCACUUCGCAUGGUGCAGGCACUUCGAAUGGUGCAGGCACUUCGAAUGGCGCAGGCACUUCGCAUGGCGCAAGCACUUCGCAUGCCGCAAGCACUUCGUAUGACGCAAGUACUUCGCAUGGCGCAAGCACUUCGUAUGACCCAAGCACUUCGUAUGGCCCAAGCACUUCGUAUGGCGCAAGUACUUCGCAUGGCGUAAGUACUUCGCAUGGCGCAAGCACUUCGUAUGGCGUAAGUACUUCGCAUGGCGCAAGCACUUCGUAUGGCGUAAGUACUUCGCAUGGCGCAAGCACUUCGUAUGACCCAAGCACUUCGUAUGGCCCAAGCACUUCGUAUGGCCCAAGCACUUCGUAUGGCGCAAGUACUUCGCAUGGCGCAAGUACUUCGUAUGACCCAAGCACUUCGUAUGGUCCAAGCACUUCAUAUGGCGUGAAUAACUUUAACACUGCAAAUAUCUUGAACGGCGCGUUUAAUUUGAACGGAGCAAAUACUUUAAGUAAUGCGCAUAUCCUCAACUUUCCGAAUAUAUUGAACUGUGCGAACAUAUUGAACGAUACUAAUAUGUUGAACAAUGUUAUUAUGUUAAACGCUGCCAUCUUGAAUGGCGUCAACAUGUUGAACGCAAAUAUUGCGAGCAGUGCCACCUCCGCAAAGGGACUCAACGAAGUCAUACAGAAUCAAUCAUUCAUGGAUUUCCCAUACAAUCAGAUAUUCGCUCGCUUCCAUUUAAUGCCCUUCCUCGCUGCCAAGGGCAACAAUAUCAUAAAAGAAUUCGACCGAAUACAAUCUAAAAUGAUGAUGGACUACUUGAGAAUGUUAAACGGAGAAAGGGUGAUGGACAAUUCACCUGAAAAGCUAGUCGCCGAUGAGGACAUUGAUUCAGAUGAUGAUGAGACACUUCGCAAUAUGAUUUCCACUCAGCCUGAUUUGAUGAACAUUAUAGAUGAAAUAGAGGAGGCACCUUUAGACCUUAGUAAAUCCAGUACUUCUAAUAAUUUUCAACGAUCAAAAUCUAAAGGUACUAGCAGGCGCAAGGGAAAAGCUGUGAAACUGGAUCGUCAAGUGGUCGAGGAAUCCGAUGAAGAAGAAUCAUAUGAGCAACAGGAACGAUCGUCCGAGCUUUCAACUCCCAAUGACUUUAGUUCCUUUGGGCAAACAGGUUACGACUGCAGCAAGUUUACACUGAACCAGAAAAUCAUUUGUCAACAUUGUAACAUUGUGUUUGCUAACCUAGUGAUGUAUACUAUCCAUAUGGGGUAUCACGGUGAAAACGAUCCUUACACUUGCAAUGUUUGCGGCGUUCAGUGUGGCAACAAAGCAUUCUUCUUCUUGCAUGUUGCCGGAUCAAAACAUUGGUAGAUUUCUUAAACAGUAAAUCUGCGAUAAACUCUGAUCGAGUUUUAUAUAACUCUCGAGAAGAAGAUCGAACGAUUUUUCUUCGAACUUGUCUGAUCAUAUUGCUCGGGUGUAGAGUCCAAAGUACCGGAUGUGACUGAAUCCGACGGAACACUCGAGCCUAGUUCUUUUUCUAAUGCUUCAAGCUACACGUAAUGGUGAACACGCUAAUUUGAAAGAAUAAACCUGAAAGAAUAAUGUGUCAUGAUCGUUAAGAAAUUCCAUCUUUCGUGUUAUUCGCUUAAGCAACUGAAUGCGUAGCUGAUUGUUACAGAUAUUAAAAGGGACUAUAGAUAGGAUAUCU